AUGCUUUUAGGUAAAUUGUACCGCUCAUCAUGCCGAUCGAUACCUGGCUGGAAUAAACUACUUCAUUAUCAUAAGCACUUGAAACAUUUGCAUAUUGAAAGUAAUGAUACUGUAGAAGAAGAUGAUGAAGGAAAUACCACUUCUUCACAAUCGUCUGACCAUGUAGUAUCCGAAAUUGAAAUUGAUCAAUCAUUACUUCAUAAAGACUUUGCCGAACAUUUACUAGAAGCAGGAAAACUUAGCGAUGCACAAUGGAUUCCGUAUGCUGAUUGUGUGUUAGUGAUGAUCCAUAUCGCACUAAUAACGGACUUGAAGUUACAUUAUCUUUGUACAGGCUACAACCGACGAUUAAAUCAGCGUGUUGGAACUCCACAUCCAAACUUGUGGAAAUUUCUUCUUCUUCUUCGACAAGAAAAAUUCGUUACAUCACAUCUACUUGUUAAAUUAAAUUCGCCACAUUCACAACAUGAUGAUGAUUAUGAUAAUCAGAAUCCAUCACUCUACUCAAUCGAACGCAAAAAAUCGUUGGCAGAAGUACUUCGUCUUCUUUCGUAUUUGGUUGCCGGCAAUUCAAAAGCAAAAAAGAACAGAAAAUCACGACAACAACGUCAAUUGAGUAAAGCAAAUAACAAACAACUACAACAACAAUUAGAUAAUAAUGCUGAUGAAAAUAACAAUGCCACGUCUGCUACAACAGCUAAUACACGACAUACACUUACACAAUCAAAACUACAAGCCAAAACAACAGCACGUUCAAAAUCACAAACUCCACAAACAACAAAUCAACCAAAACCGCGUACAAAAUCCGCAACAGCUGCUAAAUAA